UUCAGUGUUUGGAUUUGUGAUUGGCGAAUAAUUGCGGGUGAUUAGAUAUAAGAAAUCUCGUCGGCGAGGAACCACUAAUUCGGCCAUGCUUCGCUUAGGAGGAAGAUUAAUUUUUACCAGGUUCCAUAGCAGCAUGAAGGUGAAAGUGCCAGUAAAACAAGGCGUUGUGGUUGGUCAACAGAAAAAACUGUCCAAUGGAUUGGAGUUUAAUAGUUUCCUUGGUGUUCCCUAUGCGGAACCUCCCGUGGGAGAACUUCGUUUUCGGAGCCCCCGGCCCCUGGAACGUUUUCAAGUACACGAACUAGAUUGCAGCAAAGAGGGAAGCAUAUCCCAUCAGCGAGAUCCCUUCACGUUGGAGGUGGCUGGAGCCGAGAACUGCCUAUUCCUUAAUGUAUAUGCACCAAAAGUCAAAAACCCGGAGUCCCGGCUACCCGUUAUGGUUUGGAUUCAUGGCGGUGGCUUUUUCUUCGGCAACGGCAACAGCGACUUCCACUUCCCCGGCAAGCUCAUGGAGCAGGAGGUCAUUGUGGUCACACUUAACUACCGACUUGGAGCCCUGGGUUUCCUUAGUUUGCCCGAGGAGGGAAUACAUGGGAACAUGGGGCUUAAGGAUCAGCGUUUGGCACUUCAGUGGGUGCAGGAGAACAUAGCCAGCUUCAAUGGGGAUCCUAAGAAUGUUACUUUAUUCGGCGAGAGUGCAGGCGGCGCUUCAGUGCAUCUACACACCUAUGCCCGUCAUGCCAAUCGUCUGUUCCACAAGGCAAUUAUGCAGAGCGGUACGGGCAACAUGGAGUGGGUGUUCCAGAACGAGGCUGCUGUCAAGACCCGACGUCUGGCGGAGCUACUGGGAGGCGGCGAUUUCGGUGGGGACACCAAAGCACUGUUGGCCUUCCUGCAGUCGGAGAAGGCAACUCCCUCAAGCAUUUUGGCCAACACAUUGAAGGUCUUAACGCCCGAUGAGCGGCGACGCCACCUGCCAUUUGCAUUCAAGCCUGUUGUGGAGGAUAGCAGCAGUCCGGACAGUUUCCUUGACCAGAAUAUCGUAGAGCUAAUGUACAAAAAAGACUCACUCGGUGGAAUGCCAGUGAUCAUGGGUUACAACUCUGGCGAAGGACUGGCCAUGGUGGUGAAGGCCAAGCAGAAGCUGGAAGCCUACGAAGAUGAUUUAGCCAGGAUGGUGCCUCGCAAUCUAGUGCUAGAUCCCCAGGCCACAGAAGCGCAGGAAGCUGCUUCCGAUAUUAGAGCCUUCUUUUUUAAUGGCCAGGCGCUGACCAAGGAGAACUUGGACAACUUGGUUGAUCUGUUUACAGAUUACCACUUCAACAUGGAUCUGCAGCACGCAGCGGAGAUCCACGCCAGUUGCCAGACUAAGUCUCCGUUGUAUUUCUAUCGAUUGGACUACGUCGGCGGUCGCAAUCUAUACAAGAAAAUCUUCCAGAACGAGGAUUUGCGUGGAGUGGCUCAUGCCGAUGACAUUUGCUAUCUGUUCCAGAUGGCGGGAGACGACACCGAGAUGAGGAAGGAUGAUUUGCUGGUCACGGAACGACUUUGCAAAAUGUGGGCGAAUUUCGCUCGCGAUGGGAAACCAUCAGAAAGUUGGACAGCGGUCCAGAAACCCGAGAGUGGCCAGCCCUUUAAGCUGGACUGCCUACUAAUUGAUCGGGAACCGAAGAUGUGCGCGAAUCCAGAUAGUGAAAGGAUGGACUUUUGGCGCAGCAUGUACAGAAGAUAUAGAAGCAAGUGCUACGAAGCUCUAAGAGCUAAGCUCUAACUCAUAGUUACUAAGAACAAAAUGUAAGCAGUUUCAAAUAUCAGUCUUUGUCAAAAAUUUAAAUAAUUGAAAAACCAGUUUAAAAAAAAAAUAGUUUUAUACAGAUAUAUAUAUAUAUAUACCUCUAAGUUAUAACUUGAAUUAUGAGUCAAACUGAUUCGGAAACUCUUUCAUAAGGGAAGCUUGAAUUUGGAUAACAUAAUUAUUUGUAAAUCUUAUUUUCUAUUACCAGAUGAAAAACGAGGCUGUCUUUGGAUAAGCCCUUUCGCA